UAUCGCGGGAAUUUUGUUCGGAGUGAUGGAAACGUUUGUCUCUUCGCCCAAGUCGGAAAAGUGGACAGCAGUAUAUUUUCUGUACGAUAAAGUUUUAAAAGCCAAGAGCGCUAAACUACGGGGAUCUAACACAAAAGAACUGCUUUCUUUGGAUACAUGGUUUCAACGGGAGCUUCCAUCGUCGAUUGCUGAGAGAACAGACAAACACAUCACACAUACAGAACUUACCAAGCUGAUGAAAUGGAAACUGAUGCGCGGAAAGUUUCGACCACGUCUGCAACAGCUGGUGGAGACGAACUCGACAGAUGACGUCAUUGAGGCAAGCAAGGAAGCGUUCCAGUCUCUUCCAGAUCUGUCGUCUGCUGUCAAACGCCUAACAGUUCUGAAAGCUGUCGGGCCUGCAACUGCCUCAGCUGUGUUGGCUGCGGGAGCGCCCGCGCAUGCUCCGUUCAUGGCUGAUGAGGCUAUGUUGGCGUUACCAGGGUUCCAGCCGUUGCAGUACACACUUCCAGCUUAUAUCCGAUUUGCUGAACAGGUCAGCAUUAUCUCAAAACGUUUGGCAGAACAGGACCCUCAGUUCCGCUGGACGCCGCACAAGGUUGAGCUGACACUGUGGACGUAUCACGUGGGACAGACUUUAUGCCCGGACCUGUUUGGAGACUCUCUCUCCUCUCCACUCAACUCUCGGACAUCAGAUGCAUGUUGUGACGAACCUGUGGUUAAGAAGAAAAAGAUCUAAUGAAGACCAGCGGAUCAAUCUAUUUUAUAUGUUUAUAAGAUGUAACCUCUUGAUCAGUAAAAAUAAC